ACUGUUUAUGUACGAUUCGUGAUAGAAAUAAACAAUUGCGCAAUUAAAAUUUGAUAAGUUGCAAUUUCAAGGUUUUUAAUCGGUGUAUUGCGAAGAUAUCUAGCUGAAUUUCCGAUCAUUCACGACGUCAAUGAAGGAUAUCCGGAAAUGGAUGACACUACCAUUAGUAAAAUAAAAGCAGCAUUGGGAUCAAAAACUCUAGAAGCGACCGGAAGGAAAGCUUCGGGAUGUAUUAACCAAGGUGAAGCGUUCAGAACAGAUCGUGGCCUUGUAUUUAUUAAAUCAAGCAAUGCCCCAGUGGCGAAAGUUUUAUUCGAGUCUGAAUUCUCUUCGUUGAAGGCUAUCGAACAAACUGGUACUAUUCGAGUACCACAUCCUAUAACGAUCGUCGAAGGAUCAGAUAAUACGUUUUAUUGUGUACUGGAAUUCUUAGAUUUACGUAAUACAGCCAUACAUCAGAAAGAAUUAGGUGAAAAAUUGGCUGAUAUGCAUCUACAUAAUGAAAAAGUAGCUAAAAAAGGUGGUCCGGUGGCGUACGUGAAACAGUUUGGGUUCGCUCAUACUACCUGUGUAGGAUUAUUACCUUUGGAUAAUACUUGGCACGAUGAUUGGCCGACGUUUUAUUCGAAAAGGCUUCAAACUCCGAUUGAUUUGAUCGUCAAAGAGAAAGGUAAUACAGAAGUAUUAACUUUAUGGAACGAAUUACGCCCUAUAAUCCCAAGAUUUUUUGAAAACAUCACCAUUAAACCAUCUCUGCUUCAUGGUGAUCUAUGGAGAGGAAAUUUCGGUGAACUCGAAUCAGGACCAGUGAUUUUUGACCCUGGUUGUUUGUACGGUCAUCAUGAAUUGGAACUCUCCCAGACUACCCUGUUUGGAGGUUUUACUCGAAGUUUUUAUGACGCUUAUCACGAACGUAUUCCUAAAGUCAUUGGUUACCAAGCUCGAGAACAGUUGUAUCAAUUAUUUCACUUAUUAAACCACUGGCAUCAUUUCGGAGGCGGAUACAAAGACCAGAGUUUAAACACGAUGAGAACUUUAAUCAAGACGAAAUUUCCAUUAGAAAAAUCCCUCUGAGACCGCGAAAUAAAUAAACACGAAUGAAUAAGGUGCGAGUAAAAUAUUACGAAAUUUGUGUACUUUUAUAAAUAUAAAUAUAAUUAUUCAUAACGAAA